AUCUCGCUCACUCUACCAUUGACGUCGACAAUGGACGCACUCCGUACGAGCGGGUGAGCGAAAUAGGGAAGCGCCAGCUUGAGUUUGUGUGGAAAAUCAAACGAACCAAGAGAACACGAUCCGAAGCUGACAAUACCCCAUCAGCUACCUUUCGGUGCGCAAAGAACGCAGUGGCAGAAGCGAAAAAGAAAAGUCUCCAAACGCGGAAAAAAAGGUGCAGUGCAGUUGCAGUUUUGCUGCACUCCCGCCGUCAACCCGCACGCUUGCGUCCCCCCGUCUCGGCGGGGAAAAAAGGGCCGUGGGAACACGAAAAUCUUCCGUCCAGUCGACACGGGAGCCACAGCAGCAGCAGCAGCAGCGGAACAAGUGUCCCUUCACAAACACACACACAGAAGCGCGCGGACGAGCGAGCGCACACAAUCUGUCUCACACACACACCAUUGAUCCCUCUUGGUGUCACCGUCGUCUGCUCGUGUGACACGCGUUUGUUUGCUUUUGUUUGUGGCCGUGGCCGUGCGAAGGAUUUUGGCGACACAAAUCUUAACCUGCUCAACCUCCCCCAGCACACACACAAACACACAGCCAGCCACACACCAAGCGUUCCGGGAUGGCAGAUCAGACGGAGCUGCGGAUGAAUCUGGUGGCGAUCAAGCGGGUCGACCCGUACGCAAAGGACAUCGUCAACUCGUCCGCCCACGUCGCCCUGUACGUGUUCAACAAUGCAGAGAACGAGUGGGAAAAGACAGACAUCGAGGGGGCGCUGUUCAUCUACAGCCGCUUCGCCGAACCGUACCACAGCAUCUUCAUCAACAAUCGGCUCAACACGAACUCGCUGGUCGAGCCGAUCCGCGGCCAGAUCGAGCUGCAGUCGAAACCACCGUUUCUGCUGUACCGGAACGAGCGGUCCCGCAUACGGGGCUUCUGGUUCUACAACAACACGGAGUGCGAUCGCAUCGGCGAGGUCAUCCAGAAGCUGGUGACGGAGUGUGGCGAUGGUGAUGGUGGUGGUGGCGGUGGUGAAUCAAGGCCACCGAUGAAUGGAGCAGACACGUCGGUGCCUGCUGGAAUCUAUCCUGGUGGUGGUGGUGGUGGCGUAACGAACGGCAGCGGCGGUGAAGGCGAAAGCACCAAUGUGGACAUUUUCACGAUGCUCACGAAGGCGCAGGAAGAUUUCCAGAACAAUGCAGCCGUGCCGCCGAACGGUGGGGCGGUGCUGAACCAUCACGCAGGGGUCAUGAUGGGCGCCCAUCCUGGUCAGGGCAUUGCGAUUCCCCAGCAGCAGCAGCAGCAGCAGCAACAACAACAACAACAUCCCCAACAGCAGCAGCAGCCAAUCACGAACCAGAACGCGCCGCGCAGUGUGGUAAACUUUUUUGCCGCAGCGAAACAGCCGGCCGCCUCGGAGGUGCCACUGUUCAAGACGCUCGCCCCUGUCCAUACGCUCGAGCAGAUCGAGAAGCAGCACCGGGCCACCACACCGCAGAAAGAGACAACAACGGCGGCGGCGUCGGUUACGGCUACCGGCAAGGUAACGCCGGACGUGAGCGAGCUCGAGAGCAGCUUUAAGCGGAUGGGCAUUCCAAUCGUCGGCGGUGGAAGCAACAACAACGGACCGCAGACACCGUCGGGCGGCAUGCCGGAACUCGGCACCUCGCCGCUGGCAACCUUCAUCAAUGCGGCCAACCUGUCCGCAGCGAUGCGUGGCUCCAACCAUCAUCAUCAGCCGGUCGUACCGAAGACGAAGCUGAUCGAAAUCAGUGAGCUGGAAUCGCGUCAAAAUGCGCAACAGCAGCAGCAGCAGCCCCAGCAGACGCCACUCCACGAGCUGCUGAAGAAGUCGGACCAGAUCGGGGGGACGGGGGGCAGCGGGGCCACGGUCGUAAAACCGGCCCUGAUGCCACCGACCAUGUUUAAGCCGACCGCGACGGCAGCCACGCCAGCGACGGAAGCGUUGAGCAGCCUGUUGCUCGGCCCACCGAGCACACCGAGCAGUACGAACUCUCCGGCCGGUGCCGGCAAGCAGCAGCAGCAGCAGCAGCAGGGCAACGGUACACCAGGCGGUCAGACGAAAGCAGCGGCGGGCAGUACUCCGCUCUCGUCCACCGGGAAGCAGCACCGGUCGUCAGCGGGCGGUAAGCAGCAGGCUAGCGGAACCACUCCACCGAAGGGAGCAUUCACGACGGUCACAUCGAACAGCAAGGCGUUGCUCGACUUCAUGUCCGAAGCGAACAGCAACCUGAAGAACAACAACAACAGCAGUGGCGGCGGCAAUGCUGCAACGGGCACGGCGGCGGGCGGUGUGGAACCGCUCACCCAGAACCAGCUCAUCCAGGCGGUCUCCUACCUGAUCAAGCACGAUCCGGACUUUGUGCGGAAGCUGCACGAAGCGUACGUGAAAUCGUUCACCGAAAUGAUAUCCAACUAGAAGUAGAACUCUCGCGGCCAGGGUGAAUGAUGAUGAUGAUGGGUGCGUGUAGGAAAAAGCUUUCGAGAUUCGGCCUGAGUACCCCUGUUUGCCUCCUCCGCUCUCCCGCGUACUGCGUCUGUGUGUGUCUUUCCGCUGCUUAUAGGCUCGCGCGUGUGUGUGUGCACGGGAGGAAGAAGAAUGCUGUUAAUAUUAUCCGAUUCGUUCCAGCACGACGAAAUCGGGUGUGUACGAAUGUAUGCUCGAACUCCUGUGUUGCCCUUUGGGAGACUGCUAUAUAGUUAUUACAUUGUUAAGGGUCCCCCGCAAAACGAAGCAAAAACGGAUUACAAAAACAAGAGAAAGGA